UCGUCGGCGCUCGGAAGCCGCCGGAACGUGGGGCUCCGCGGGCCCUCCCUCUGCAGGAUGGUCGGCGGCGGGAAGCGCAGGCCCGGCGGGGAGGGGCAGCAGUGUGAAAAGACAGUUGACGUAAAGAAGAGUAAAUUCUGUGAAGCUGAUGUCUCGAGUGAUCUUCGCAAUGAAAUAGAAAAUCAUUAUAAGCUUUCCUUACCUGAAGACUUCUAUCACUUCUGGAAGUUUUGUGAAGAACUUGAUCCUGAAAACCCAGCUGAUUCACUUUCCACAAGUCUUGGACUUCGCUUAGUGGGUCCUUAUGAUAUCCUUGCUGGAAAACAUAAGUCGAAGAAAAAAUUCACAGGGUUAAAUUUUAAUCUCCAUUGGAGGUUCUACUAUGAUCCUCCUGAGUUCCAGACCAUUAUUAUUGGAGAUAAUAAAACUCAAUACCACAUGGGGUAUUUCAGGGAUUCUCCUGAUGAGCUUCCUGUAUAUGUUGGUGUAAAUGAAGCAAAGAAAAAUUGUUUAAUUGUUCAAAAUGGAGAUAAUGUGUUUGCUGCAGUCAAAUUAUUUUUGAUGAAAAAAAUUAAAGAAGUAACAGAUAAAAAGAAAAGUAGUCUCUUGAAAAACAUAGAUGACAAACUCACAGAAGCAGCCAGAAAGCUGGGGUACUCACUGGAACAGAGAACCAUGAAGAUGAAACAGAGAGAUAAGAAAGUUGUGACAAAGACCUUUCAUGGUGCAGGCUUGGUUGUCCCAGUAGAUAAAAAUGAUGUUGGAUACAGAGAGCUCCCUGAAACAGAUGCUGAUCUUAAGAGAAUUUGCAAAAGAAUUGUUGAGGCUGCAAGUGAUGAGGAGAGACUAAAAGCAUUUGCUCCCAUUCAGGAAAUGAUGACUUUUGUGCAAUUUGCUAAUGAUGAAUGUGAUUAUGGCAUGGGGCUUGAAUUGGGAAUGGACCUCUUUUGCUAUGGUUCACACUAUUUUCAUAAAGUUGCUGGCCAGCUUUUACCUCUUGCAUAUAAUCUGUUGAAGAGGAAUCUCUUUGCAGAAAUCAUUGAAGAUCAUCUAGCAAACAGAAAUAAAGAGAGCACAGACCAACUUGCAGGAUGAGUUUGCUUUGUUUGGUGUACAAUAUUUUAAAAUGUUAGUAUCAAACUUGUUUGGUUUUUUUUUUAAAGAAUAGAAUAAAUAAACAGAUGGAAACAUUUACUAAAAACUUU